AUGGAUGCUACUGCUUUAGCAGACCAGUUUCUUUUUAACGAAUCGUCAAAUGAGUCUGAAAUAGGUUCUGUGACUAUUUCAUAUUUAUUUAGCAUAUUUGCGAGCACUCUGUCAUUUAUCAUCACGUGUGGCAAUCUCCUCGUAAUAUUUUCUAUCAUUUAUUUCAAACAGCUGCACAGUCCCACCAACUUCCUGAUGGUCUCGCUGGCUGUGGCCGACCUGUUUGUAGGACUGUUUCUUUUGCCUUUCAGCAUCACAAUCUUUAUGUCCUCAAACGUGUCCAGUCAGGAUUUUCUCUGUAAAUUAAGGAACAGUUUAGAUAUAUUUCUGUGCAGCACUUCCAUUUCUAGCUUGUGCUGCAUUGCUGUGGACAGAUAUUAUGCCGUGUGUCAGCCUCUGAGUUAUAGGAGUAAAAUCAAUGUUCGUGUUGUUGGGAUUAUGAUCUUGGUUUCCUGGAGUGUGGCUGCUUUCACCGGAAUUGUUUUCACCUUUAGGGCACCGAACAAACAGGAAGAGAACGAAAGGUGCGCCUUAUUCCAAAAUAAAGCGCAAAAUACUGUCGUUGUCGGUGCUGUUUUUUGUUUAUUUGGCAUCCCAUCUAUCCUGAUGGUUGCCAUUUACCUGAAGAUUUUAGUGGUGGCGCAGAGACAGGCACGUAGCAUUGUGAACACGUCAAAGUCGGGCGCGAAUGUCAACAAAAUGGAGAGAAAGGCGACUAAAACGCUGGCCAUCGUAAUGGGAGUUUUUCUGGUCAGUUGGACGCCAUUUUUUCUCUGUGUCAGCUUUUACCCUGUAAGUAAAUACAGCAUACCGCUGCAUGUUAUUCAGUUGUCUAAGUGGCUGGGAUGGUCGAACUCCAUGUAUAAUCCAUGUGUGUACGCGUUCUUUUACAAGCACUUCCGUUUGGCUUUUAGGAUAAUCAUUACUGGAAACAUUUUCCAGGGUGAAUUUAAGCAUUCGAAACUAUUUUGACUUCGUAUGUACAUUUUGUGCAUAACCAGAUGUUGUUACAAAGUUUACAUAAUUGUGAUACUGUACUUCUAUAAAUGUAACAUUUUUCGUUUCAA